AUGGUAUUGAAUAUUGAGGUCUACACAAACUCCGAUGUGCUCAUCUCAUUUCGGUCUGCAUGGACGUACAAUGACAACCACCGUCCAUCCUCCCAAUGGCAUGGAGAGCAAGGCAUUAUCGGAAUUGCUAUGGGUACCGACCCUCAUACCACAUCGGAAAAACCAGUUGCCAAGUUCUAUUGGCCAGAAGAGGCGACAUGUCUGAGCGAACCUGAAACACUCGCGAAAGUGAAGGCGACUUACGGGUUUAACGAGUCCCCCGCGUCUACUAUCAGAAGGGCAUUAGGAAUAAAGGACGCUGAACAGGGCAGUCGGGUCUUCUGCAUCACCGUAUUCAUGAAGCUCGAGCCUAUCACGAGCCUGAGUUCCGCGAAGCAUGAUGGUAAAUUGUCAUCCGUCAUCAUAUCCUGGGAAGCCGGCGAAUCACUGAUUCACUGUGACAUCAGCCCCAGCAAUCUCAUGAUUUAUCGGACCUCAUGCAGUCGUGUGACAGACGUCCUCAAUGACUACGAUUUAUCAUCGAUUUAAGACGAUUGUCCCAGAGGAAAUGAGCGCACGGAUACGGUAGGGUUCAUGUCGAUUAGUCUAUUCACCCUACUAUCAGCCGUCGAAGGCAGCGUCGAGCACUUGUACUGGUUGAAUCGUUGUUCUGGAUUUUCGUCUGGGUCUGUUUUCGCUGGCAGGCUUCACAAGAAGAACAAACCUUUCGGCAAGUGGCCCGGAGUAGACGAGCUCACAUGCUGCCACUGAUUCAAAGCUAUUUUUGGUGGUGGUGUGUCAUGAGCGCAAACCCCG